UUACUGCUCCACUUCUCUUUUAGACAUUCAGUGUGCUGCCGCUGUCCAGUGUUGCUGACUGUCCACAGGGAGACCACUCCGCACUGCACUAUCAGCUAACAUUACUUAGUUUAAUGACGUUACCAUGACUGAUAGAGCCAAACUGAAUUAAAAGUAUUGGUUAGCAGUAAAGCAACCUUGUCAUGAGUGUGUUGGAGGUGAAGUUCAUUGGUGAUGGAGAUGCUCUGGAGCACAUCGUGGACAAACAGGAGGGUGUGCAGAGCAGCAGUGGGUCUGUUCAGAAGAUGGUAACGUUUAAGAGCCCAGCUGGACGACGGGCCAGAGAGGAUGCAGGACAUGAUGGAGAUGAAAAUGGACUCCUUAAUGAGCAGAACUAUGUCCUAGCUCUAGGAACAGACAACACAGAAGAGGAUGAGGAGGGUAUGUCCAGAGUGGCUGGAUCUUCCAUUUUCUCCUUUCAGAAAGUCAAACGUGGACACAGCAUGGCCCAGACUGCAAGCGAGUUGGCUCGGACUCCCGGGAAAAGCGUGACCUUCAGCACGACCCCCAACGUUGAACCCUCCACUCCCACCCGAACAGGCCGCAACCACAGAGGUGAAAGCAGGACACCACAGAGGAGGAAGAAGGUUCAGUUUGUCUCUACAACGCCCCACAGGCUCAGGAAGAGAAUGACAAUUCCGAGCAUCCGGUCAGACAGCGAUAGUGAGCUGUCGCCCUCUGACUCUGGGGAGGAGGAGGAGGAGGAGGAUGAAGAUGGGGUGGAGGAGGAGCAGAAAGUAAAGAAAGAAGACAAGGAGAACUUGAAGACUCCAAGAACGCCCAGUAAAGGUUUAUCAGCAGCUCUGUACAAGACUCCCGCCAAGAAGAGCAAGAACACUGCUGAACCCCUCAAUCAGCAUAGUAUGGUUGAGGAGUAUUUUGAAGCUCAUGGCAGUUCAAAGGUGUUGACAUCAGACCGCACCCUGGAGCGUUUACACACCCCUAAACUUGACAGGGAGACGUUGGUCCAGCUUUUAGAAGGAAAGCCAUCCUGCUACUCAAAAGAGAUCCAGCAGCUCCACAACAAACACCGAAAGCACUUUAGUAAAUGGAUGUUACAGUUACAGUUGGGAUUCAGUGUGCUGGUCUACGGUUUGGGCAGCAAAAAAGCUCUGCUGGAGGACUUCCGUAUGUCUCACUUGGCUCAAGAAAUCCACCUUGUGGUCAAUGGAUUCUUCCCUUCCAUAACUCUUAAAUCAAUCUUAAAUGCUCUGACAUGUGAGGUUCUAGAGCACCAGGGGAGUUUCCGGGCACCCUCAGACCAGAUCCAGUACAUCACUCAGACCCUUAAAGACAGCCCAGAUCUCCAUGUGUACCUGUUAAUCCAUAAUAUCGAUGGACCAAUGCUGCGAGGAGAGAAAACCCAGAGUGCACUGGGGCAGCUGGCAUCCCUGCCCAACCUGCACUUGGUGGCUUCUUUAGACCACAUAAAUGCUCCAUUGGUGUGGGACCAGUUUCAGCAGAGCCAGUUUAACUGGCUGUGGUGGGAGUGUGUGACGUUCCAGCACUACGCAGAGGAGACGUCGUAUGAAAACUCUCUCCUGGUGCAGCAGACUGGCGCUCUCGCUCUGUCCUCCCUUACGCACGUGCUACGCAGCUUGACACCCAAUGCAAGAGGAAUUUUCAAACUGCUCGUGCAAUUUCAGCUGGAAAACAAAGAUAAUCCUUCAUACACAGGAUUGUCAUUCCAAGAUUUCUACCAGCGUUGUCGAGAGGCGUUCUUGGUGAACUCUGACCUCACACUGAGGACUCAGCUGACUGAGUUCAGAGACCACAAACUGAUACGGACACGCAAGGGUGCUGAUGGAGUGGAGUGCUUGACCGUUGCUGUGGACGCGAGCACAUUGAUGGAUUUCCUAGAGAACGAAGAGGGUGACUGAGCAGAGAAGGCUUUAGACUUAAAACACUUACAGCUCAUUGACUGACUUUACCAGCAAAUAGAUAUUUGGGUUGAAUCAGUCACUGAUAUAAAGGCCCAGUUACAUCUGAUCAACAUAAGACAUGAGCGCAGCUUACAGGCUCUGCACAGUUUAAAUGAAUGGUUUAAAUCUAAUUAUUGGUGAAAUGUUUUGACUUGUUAUAAAAGCCCCCAUUGUAGCACAGUGUCUUGUGUUUUGAUGUAUACAUGUUUUCAGCUAACACCUGUGUAAUUAAAAUCAACACUUAAGAGUUAA